AUAAUUUGACACAUUUAUCAACUUUUUAUAAUGAUUUUACGCGUUUUACACAUUUUUAUACAUAUUUAUUUAAUUUUCUUAACUUUACCACCAAAUAUAACCGCAAAUGGUACAUCAUUCACCGUUGGAACAGUUUUAUUCACUCCAUCUGACAUACAAAGAGAAUGCUGGACACAAGAAAACAUGGCGCUGCUUACAACACGGAUGUUAAUGGCGAAUCUCAUGCCGCACACGGAGAAAAUCAAAGCGGACGAUGAUUCUUUCGUCUCGGAUAUCAUCGAAUACUUUCGUUUGCUGCUGGAAGUAAUUAGGUCGAAUACCAGUGGAAAAACGAAGCAUAUUAUGUUGUUAGCUGCUACAGAUACAAUGGGAGGUUAUAUGAAACAUUUAGUUGUGCCCAUAUCUAAAUACGCGUAUUAUGCUGGUAAUAUACAGUAUGCUAGUAUUAUCAGGUUGUAUCAGUUGUAUGAUGAGUUGAAGAACUUUCUAAGGACCAAUGGUGAUGGAUGGGCGAAACCAUGGCGGAAUGCAGGGAGGCAUAUUCAGGCGAAGAGUAUUUCGGUGCAGUCGCCGUCACCUACGAGUGAUCCUUGUAAAGGGAUUAUUUAUUACAAGCAUACGCCGACUAUGUCUUCUGUCCGAAAAGCCGAACACACUGAAACAAAAUCAUGCGGAAUGGACGUCCCACUCCCCUUCUUCGACUCCAAAACCCACCCGGCUGCCAUUGCUGUCCCCUUUCGCACAUUCGGCCUGCGCAACCUGGAAUCUCGUGUCUCUGCAUACAUCCUAGUAAAAUACUUCGUCGCCGUGAGUAAAUGUAUGGCUGCCCGCAACACAAACGACGAAGACGUGCACAAAUUCAACGCGAACAUCUUCUCCUUCAUUGUGUCGAAAGUAAUGCCGCAUUUGGGCGAUGAGAAAUUCUACGCUGCGUUCGGCGGUGUGCUGCGCAUAUUACAAACUGUGACGGAGACAACCAAAGCCAAAGGGCACGCCAUUGGGAAUAUUAAUAUCAUGCCGGAGACACAGGAUAGGGAACCGCCUGAUAUGAAAGAGGAUGAGGAUAUUGCGCUGUCGAAAGGUGGAAGUGGUGGGAGUAAGAAAAAUGGCGACAAGCGUUCACGUAAUAAUUUAAUUCUUCUGGCGGCGUUGGCUACGAUUAUUGUGUGGUUCUGUUUGGGUGCAGCGUUUGUUUGUUGUCGGAUUAAGGCUGGAAAGAUGCGCGAUGAUAAGUCGGUGAAUGAUGAUGAGAAUGUGUGCAGAGAGAGUACCUGUCCGGUUUUGUCUGCGCCCACGUCUGCUUCGGCGACUGAUAAUGAACAUCACAAUGAGCAUCAUACUAAAGUAUUAUACAGCGUAAAACGCCCCAAGAAGAAAGAACCCAAACGCAAAGAACCAAAAUCCACAUCAUCUCACAAAAGCAACAAAUCCUCCUCCAAAAGCUCCAAAUCUCAAAAAUCUGGCCUAACCAACACCACCGAAAUGGACAGCGAAACAAUCGAAUCGCCAUCCCUUAUAUCCCGCACACCAUCAUCCACCAACAACUCCCCUGUAGUCCUCCAAGCCCGCGCCCCAACCAGAGACCGCCCUGGUCCCAACAAAGACCGCGUCUAUUCCUUUACACAAAUACGCGGAAAUUCAUUCGAAAAAGAACCGGAAAUGACCCGCGAAGAUUCCAUGCUCGAAAGACGUUUAUCAGUCAACAGGGAAAGAAGACGACAAACUGAAGAAGAAGAACGAGAAGAAAUAGAAGAAGAAUUCGAGCAGGAACGCGAAGUGGAUGAAGAAGAGCGUGAAACUGAACGAAUACAAGAAGAAGAAGAGCCUACACGUGAUGAAACCAACGAUAGGCCACCACAGUUACAAGUGCACAGUGUGCAAUAUUAUCCGCCUACAUUCGCUUGUCACACGAGUAUGACUGGAAAAAUUAAACUGGACUCUACUUCAGAGGACUACACGUCACGUGAUGAUGAUAAGAGGCCGUAUGUGUUUGGGUAUGACUUCCAGACGACGUCAGACGAGACUACACCUAGAGAUCCUACGACUGAUGGGGAGAAUGAUAUGGCUGGAAAUAUGUCUAGAUAGAUGUUUUUUCUAGAAAUAUAUUAAUAUUUUGUGUUUUUUUAUGAUUUACGAUUAAACUAUACAAAGGAUUUUUAUGAAAUUUUAAGGGCUGAUGAAUAAUUUAUGUAUGUUUAAUAUAACGUUGAAAUAAUGUCAAUAUUGUAAUUUGUUUAUUUUUUAUUGAUUUUUUAAGGUGAAAAAGUAUGGAUUUUUGAUGUUUUUCUUUAAUAUCUUGAUGAGUAUUAUUUUUUCUUGUAUUGUGUAAAUUUUAUAAUAAACUAUAUUUUAUUAUCUA